GUGUGUGUGUGUGGAAGGAGCUGCUGUUGAAGGAUGAGGAGUGUGAGAGGUUGUCUAAAGUCAGAGACCAGCUCGGCCAGGAGCUGGAGGAGCUCACCGCCAGUCUCUUCCAGGAGGCCCACAAGAUGGUCAGAGAAGCAAACGUCAAACAGGCGAACGCUGAAAAACAACUGAAAGAAGCCCUGGGGAAGAUCGACGUCCUCCAGGCGGAGGUCCAGGCCCUGAAGACGCUGGUGCUCUCCUCCCCCACCUCCCCGCUUGGCGAGCUCCCCUCUUCGGGAGGAGGCGUGAAGACCCCCUUCAGGAAGGGCCACAGCAGGAACAAGAGCACCUCCUCCGCCAUGCUGGGGACGCAGCCCGACCCGUCGGCCACGCAGCCCAUCGUACGGGAGUGUCGGGAGGUGGACAGUCAGCUGUUCAGCGACUUCAAGGCGUGGAAGGAGGAGCCGACGCUCGAACGCGGCUGCUGCUUCCUGGAGAGAGUUUACCGUGAGGACAUCUACCCCUGCCUCACCUUCAACAAGUGUGAGCUCGGAUCGGCCAUCUUGGAAGCCGUGGAGCAGAACACGCUCAGUGUGGAGCCGGUCGGCUUCCAGCCGCUGCCUGUGGUCAAAGCCUCGGCGGUGGAGUGUGGAGGACCAAAUGGGCGAAAGGACGAGCUCGUCACGAAAUGUGCGCUGAGCGGUCAGACCAAAACCUGUAAGCACAGAAUCAAGUUUGGAGACUCGUCCAACUAUUACUACGUGUCUCCGUACUGUCGAUAUAAAAUCACAGCAGUGUGCAAUUUCUUCACCUACAUUCGCUACAUCUACCAAGGGCUGGUCAAACAGCAGGAUGCGGAGCAGAUGUUCUGGGAGGUGAUGCAGCUCCGCAGGGAAAUGUCCUUCGCCAAGCUCGGCUACUACAAAGACCAGCUGUGACCGACGGACGGCCCCGCCCUCCAAUCACAGCAGACCACGCCCCGAAAGCCCCGCCCUCCCAGUCGUCCUGGUCCCUCCCUCCCGACGUUUGGUUGUUUUCAACGACCACGAUAAAAGACUGUGACGUCAGUGGUCUGUUGUCUUUGGUGGGUUUCUGUCCAAAAUAUGAUAUUUACUUUAUGUACAUGUAACACUCCAAUAUAUGAAGACAAGUGGCAUGAAAAGAGGAGUUACACAUUUAAAUAUGUCUGCAUUUCAACCCGUCUGAGGAGCUUUCAGCUUUUUUAAAAUUUCUUUCCCUCUGAAAAUAAAUAUACAAAAACAUUCAAUCGUUCAAUCAGAGUUUAACAGUUUAACAAAAAUAAGUUGUUUAGAUUCCUCAAUCACAAAUAAAGAUAAGUUCUGGACACAAGAUGGAGAAUUGGAGAAUAUAAAUACAAGUCGUAGCGGCAAGAUCAUAAAAUCAUAAAUACACAAAAUGUACAAGUAUGAGUCAAAAUCUGAUGAGAAAUAAAUUAAAAAUCGAGAAUAAAGUUGUAAUUUUACAAGAAAAUAUAUUUCAAGAGUUAAGUCGAUUUUUGAAGGAUUAAAUAUUAAUGUAUUAUUACAAUUAUAAAUAUAAGAAUAUAAAUGACUAAAUAAAUAAAUGACUCAAAUUUUGUUUUUUAAUAAUUACAAAUUUAAUUUAAUUUGCAACUUUAUACUCGUACGUCUACGAUCUAUCUCGCGAACUAAAACUUUAUUUUCAAGAUUUUAUUUUAUUGUGAAAUUUCGACUUCACCUCGAUAAAUACUGACGCUUGAAAUCAUCAAUUUAUUUUCAGACUUUUUCUCUGAAAUUCACUGGAAAUUACAAUUUUAU